GGCAAUCCGGCUUCCUCCCCGCCAUCGUUUCGAGUUCAACGAGCGCGACCACCAGUCCCGAAACAACCAAUAAGCGCAUUCUUUAGCUGAGGCGCGACGACACUCAUUUAGAUACGCGCUCCCAUCAGAUGAACGAGUCACGCAACGCGAGUCCCCCUCCUUGAAGCCGCGUCCGUGUCAACAUUCAACACUCAACUCCCACCUCACUUCCGUCGCAAACCAAACCAUUCCUUGGAGACGCGACGCGCUCCCGAGAUCGCUUCCAACGAUCACCGUGAAGAUGGACGCCGAGGAACAAUACUUUGCCUUUGAGAACCGACUCAACUCGUUCCAAGGCCCCCAGCCCGUGUCCAAAGGGAAGGCCUCAGCCGCCGCCUCGCGUGCGCCGAAGGCACUCCUCUGGCCACACAAGACACUGUCACCCUUGGCUCUCGCGAAAGCCGGAUUCUUCUUUCAGCCGCACCCGAAGAGCCCAGACAAUGUAGUGUGCUUUCUGUGCGAAAAGUCCCUUGACGGGUGGGAGGAGAACGACAACCCGCUAGAAGAGCAUCUGAAGCAUUCGCCGACAUGUGGCUGGGCUAUCACAGCGGCAAUCGAAGCCGGCUACGGCAAUUACGGGAAGGUGCACCCCCUCGACCCAGCCAUGAUCGAGGCACGGAAAGCGACAUUUGCAGGGCGGUGGCCGUACGAGUCGAAAAGGGGGUUCAAAUGCAAGACAAAAAAGCUUGUCGAGGGUGGCUGGAAGUUCACACCAUCCGUCGAAGCGGAUGACAUGACCACCUGUGCCUAUUGCAAUCUCGCACUUGAGGGGUGGGAGUCUGACGAUAAUCCAUUUGAUGAGCAUUACCGACGCGAACCCGGUUGUCUCUUCUUUGCCCUCAUCAACCAGUACCCAGCCCCGAAGAAAGGAAGGGGCAAGGCAGCCAGAGCCUCCAAGGCCUCUCGGCUUUCGGUGCAGUCCGUUGCCACCGUUGCUACAACAGCAUCGGACCUUGGCUCCCUCGGGGACAUCACGGCCGAUCACGACGACAGCGUCAUGACCACGGCGUCCACGGCGACACAGGGCGAGAAGAAGACGGCCAAGGGUCGCAAGACUGCCACCGGCAAGGGCAGGAAAACCAAAGCAAAGAAGAAUGAUGAUGCCGUUGAGAUCUUGGAAGAUGAGCCACAAGAACCUCCGCAGCUGCCUGCUGUCAAAGGACGCAAACGCGCGAGUGACGCCAUGGAAGACCAUGCCGCGACCAAUGCCGAGGCACCGGCUCCAAAGAAACGCGCCGGCCGUGGUAGAGCGAGCGUCGCUGUCGACAACUCAUCGAUCCCUGAUUCUGAGAUGGUUGAUGCUGCCCCCACAAAACAACCCGCCGGCAAGAAAAAGGCUCGGGCGUCCACCUCGAAAACCUCCCGGAAGGCUUCCCAGGCGUCCAUCAGAUCAGAGGCAUCUACAGCAUCCCUACGCGCCCACAUGCCUGACGACGACGAGCUUGACCGCCAGCUCGAGGCCGACCUAGAACGUUACGAGAGCAAUGAGGAAGACAUGGCCAUCAUACAACCUCCCCCCCCAGCGAAGGGACGUCCCAAGAAGGCCACCACUACACGGAAGAACAGCGCCCAGAGGAAUGCCGGUAGCGAGUCCUACGCCAUGUUUGACCCAACACCCAUGGUGCCAGAUGAGGCAGAGAUUGAGGCCGAUCUCGAGGCACUCCAGGCAGAAAUGGAAGUGGAACAAUCCGCGGAUACAAAACCUUUGGUAGUGCCCAAGAAGGGCCGCAAAACUGGGGCGCGCAAAGUGUCCAAACAAACGAAGAAGGCCAAGGAGCCCUCGCCUCCGCCUAGUCCAGCGGAAGAAACAUCACGCCAUGAGCCAAUACAGUCUCCGGCUCAGGAGACCCAGCAACCAAUAGAGGAGUUGGAGCCGGAAGCGGAGCUCGCAGAGGAUCCCGACGCUAGCACGGGGACCGUCGUGACGAAACCCACCAGUCGCCCGACCACUGAGAAACGGGGAAGAGGGCGGCCGAAGAAGUCAACAGCUUCAGUGGCCUCUGUCGAAGGUCAAGAACAGCGCCGGUCCAUUGGGGCCGUGGCCCAGCCCCAGGCGCAGGUAGAGACAACUCGUCCCCGAGAGCCCAUCCCCGCAACGAAGAAUACGCCCGUGAAAAUCCUCAGAAAGGCAGUGCCUCCCCCGUCCCAUCGCCUGGCCUCAACUCCAGAUCCAAUGACGACCACCCCACCAAGAGCGUCAAAGACUACCCCCGCCCCGCCCGCAUCCGCGAGCCGCAUGCAGCCACCCCCGUCAACCCCCAGGACCCGUCCCACCCCGUCCGCGCGAGCAAAUCAAGCCACCCCGCAGACCUUCGACGCCGAGAACCCACCGUCCGCCCUCCAACCCGCCGCGAGCGUAAUGCCCAGGCGCCCCGUGCUCGCCCCGCUCUCCGUCGCCCAAACCCCCCAGCGCAGCUCCCCUUCCAAGCGCAACAUCGUCGCCGGCCUACAGAGCAACCACCCCUGGCAGCCCGCCGAUCUCGACCUAGUCUUCUCUUCCUCCCCUGCCAAGGGCAGCGACAGCAGUCCAAGCCACGGCGGCGGCGACAAAGAGAACAGCGCCGUGUCGAGGCUGCUGCGCAAGGGCGCCGAGCUGACGAGCCCCGAGAAGCGCAUGACGGUCGAGGAGUGGAUCUACCACAAUGCCGGGCUGGCCGAGCAGAAGCUGAAGUACGAGUGUGAGGCGAUGGUGGCGGCUUUUGAGGGGGAGGGUGGGAGGGCGCUGAGCGUCCUGGAGGGGCUUGUUGUUGAUGCUGCUUGA